AUGAGCGUGCAUCCAUGGCGCUUUUGUGUCUCAGUGGUGGCUCUUGCGUUUUUCUUGUUGAUUCUUCUGUCGUGUCCACCGGUAUGGGCCCAAACGGUCCCGUCACCGCCGACCCGUGGCCAGGCGCAAGCCCCGGUCGCGGCCGCGAUGCUCCUGAGGAAACAGCAAACGACCCACUACCAGGAUAAAGAGGGCAAGGCAAAUUUCCGCGCGAUAGAAAAGCGGAUUUUGGACAGUAUCAUUGGCCAGGGUCGUUAUGACUGCAGAAUACGGCCCAUGGGGAUCAACAACACAGAUGGUCCGUGUGUUGUCAGGAUCAACAUCUAUCUCCGCAGUAUUAGCAAGAUAGACGAUUUGAGCAUGGAGUACACAGUGCAAAUGACGUUCAGAGAACAGUGGCGGGAUGAGCGACUCCAAUACGACGAUCUGGGUGGUCAGGUCCGAUACCUGACGCUCACAGAACCUGACAAGCUUUGGAAACCCGACUUGUUCUUCUCCAACGAGAAGGAGGGCCACUUUCACAACAUCAUCAUGCCAAAUGUUCUGCUACGGAUCCACCCCAACGGGGAUGUCCUCUUCAGCAUCAGAAUAUCGCUGGUGCUAUCAUGUCCAAUGAACCUAAAAUUUUAUCCUUUGGAUAAGCAAAUCUGCUCCAUCCUCAUGGUGAGCUAUGGGUAUACGACCGAGGACCUGGUAUUCCUAUGGAAAGAAGGAGAUCCUGUGCAGGUGACCAAGAACCUCCACCUACCACGCUUCACCCUUGAGAGGUUUCAGACUGACUAUUGCACCAGCCGCACGAACACAGGAGAUUACAGCUGCCUGCGCGUGGACCUGGUGUUCAAACGCGAGUUCAGCUACUACCUGAUUCAGAUCUACAUUCCGUGCUGCAUGCUGGUGAUCGUAUCGUGGGUGUCUUUCUGGCUGGACCCAACCUCGAUCCCGGCUCGCGUAUCCCUGGGGGUGACCACCCUGCUGACCAUGGCGACGCAGAUUUCAGGCAUCAAUGCCUCUCUGCCUCCCGUUUCCUACACCAAGGCCAUUGACGUGUGGACCGGCGUCUGUCUGACUUUCGUCUUCGGCGCACUGCUGGAGUUUGCCCUCGUCAAUUAUGCAUCACGGUCAGAGUCACACCGGCAGAACAUGCAGAAGCAAAAAAGGAAAUGGGAGCUGGAGCCCCCUAUGGAAUCGGACCAUCUCGAGGAUGGCACUACCACCUUCGCCAUGAAGCCCCUCGUCCACCAUCACGGAGACAUGCACGCCGACAAACUCCGGCAGUGUGAGGUCCACAUGAAAACACCCAAGACCAACCUAUGUAAAGCCUGGCUUUCCAAGUUUCCCACACGAUCCAAACGCAUCGACGUCGUCUCGCGGAUCUUCUUUCCGCUCAUGUUCGCCCUCUUCAACCUCGUCUACUGGACAACCUAUCUCUUCCGGGAAGACAAGGAAGAUGAGUGACUGAACACGUACGUUACCAGAAAGAGAAACACCCAUCGUCAUCGUCGUCGAACACUUCGCAGCCACCAGGCGCCGCCUCCAGUAGUGGCUGUCAUGGCGGUCCCCGUCGCUGCUUUGUCACUUGUGCUGUGUCACUUGUGUGAGGUGUCCGCGUUCGACUGUUGGCCGACGCACUCGUUCGCACCACGCCUCGCACUUCACCAUUUCUGUUUGUCGUCAGUUGAGUCGCGCCGCCAAUGUUUCGAAACGAAAAGCUGUCCUGGAGGGUGUGGUAAAGCACAGCAACGUGUUUGUCUAUCUUAACGAGCAACUUUCUAAGUCCUCGAAAACGCCGACUGCGAAAAACCAACGCAGGAUUUCAGAAAUGAUAUUCUGAAUGAACUUUCUGCUGUUUGUGUGUGUGCAUGAGCGCUGACAGUUUUGCAAUCUGUACCACCAAAAGCAUAGCGUUCGUUUAUUAGAUUAUAUACAGCAGCAUAUUCCUACACAAAACAUGAUUAUUAUAUAGGCGUAUGGCCCUUUUUUAAUCCUCGAAACUUCGUAGUACGCGCACUAAUUUAUCAAAACUUGUGAAGAUGCACGCUCACGAGAAUAACCCUUUUUUUGUCUUCAUAAUUUUAAGUGAAUACAUUUAUUAAAUAUUUUAUUUUGAUCCCUCGAACACCACUAAAGUUAGGCUGUAAUGUACCUACUCUGUGUACGGGCUUAGCAAAAGCGCAAUCCUAGACAUUAAAAUUUUUAAAACCGCCGAAAUCUUUAUUUUGGCACGCGCGCACCACGUAAACCAGAAAAGAACGAAAUGUACCAUAACAACGUUACUGCGAUUCCUGCUAUAUGCGAAUUUUCCCAAAGUCGUAGCGGUAAAUUUAGAUAGUGACAGCGUCUAGGCAUCCGACAAAGUCUUUAAAGCUUCCAUAUCCUCCCCAUCCUGUGGUUCCAGAAGCCACCUCGCUGUCCCUAGGGUCAUGUGUUUAUACCGUGUGUUUCUAGCAGAAGUGAAUCUUGUCGUAAUCGGUUUGGUUCAUCCUUCACAAUGCUCUAUGGUAGUGCCGUCCCACGCUAAGCUGUCAUGCGAGGCCUAGAGUAUUGCACUAAAACUAUAAAAAGUGCGAAAGUCUAGUUCCGUCUAUAUGACAAAAGUGCACGCUACGACCCCGAACCCUACUGAGAUGUGAACAACCUCUCGUAUUGUGCUGUGAGUUUUUCUAGGGGAGGCAUCAAGGGCGGUUGCACGUUCAGUUGUGUAUGUUGCGUGAGUGCAAGCAAUUGUUUGACUGUCUGCUUUUCUGGUGGCUUAGUCUUUAUUAUGAACGGUUCGUGGACGUUUUUUCCAAGACUGUUCUCAAACUGUGGGCUGCAAUAGCUCUCGCGACACUUCAUUGUGUACCUCUGAGCACUGCCUCAGUUGGGCUGUGACUUUUUUAUGCUGAGAAACGUAGAAGUGAAAUGCGGAUCCUUUUCAACGGUGUCUCUCAUGUUAAUUAGCGAUUCCCGAUGUUUUACAUUAUCUACAAUAGAGGCUGCAACAAAAGCACGGCAGUCAUUUUUACGACCUUAUCUUCAUAUUUGAAACACAGUAAAAUUGCGAAGGCUACCUUUUUCAAUAUUUUUGCUCUACAAAAAGUACGAUUAAAAUAAAAUGGUUUAAUUCGUAAAAAAUGCAUACAAAAAUUAACUAAAUUAAUUUCUACAAUUUUUUUUUAUGUCAGCUCACCUAAUAUAUUUCGUGGUACGCAUUAACAUAUCGACACCGUUUGUAGCGAGGACGAACAGCGUGCAGAGAUAUGAGCACGAAAUCGGUCGGCCGGAAGACAGUGGUGUGACUGGGUCAACAUAGAAAAGAUCAACUUCUUCCACGGUAUCGUUGCGGCGUGACUUACACGACGUGUUUACUUGAAAGUAGUCCCCUUGUUACUCCAUGUUUGUUUGUUUUUUAAGUCGAACGCGCAUACUAACCUGUCGUUCGGUUUGCGUCCAAAGUGUCGGAACGCUUGGCCCCGUCUCCCCCUCCUUUCCUUACGAGGCGUCUCUCAUAUGUCGUGCACGGGAAACAUGGCAAGCCAGCAACCAACCUAAUCAUUCUGGGGCCAAGUUGUACCGCACUUUGAAAAAUCAAGAAGCGUGCAUCUAUGCAUGUAUAUAGCAUGCACGCGCAUGGUAUAUUUGUAUAUAGGUAACGUCGUUCUUGUACGUCUUGUUGGUUUUCGUUUUUCGUGCUCGUCUCUUUGUGAAUAGAUGCUCGGUCACGUGCCCUAACCCAGCCGACGUGAUGGGAGGUCCGUACUAAACUGCAGGGUCCACAGUCACUGUUGUACAUAUGCGUAGCUCAAAAUGCUUAUGCGAGUGUUUGUCACCUGGUUUCAUGUACAUACGUUUCGUGUGCUGUGAUGUUUUUUGACAGCACAUGAGGUGCGUGUGUGAGUGUCACAAGUAUAAUUUUUUGGCGAGGUAGUGUCCACGUUCUGUAUAGUUGUCACCGAUCGUGAUGGAGGAGGUGUCUUUACUCAGGACUGUUCUACUGCAUGGAUAUGACAUCGUGGUGUACUGAUCGAAAUGAGUAUGCUAGCCCGUACUCCGAGAGCCCUCGAUUGUUUCGGCGUAGAAUGCUGCCCUGUGUUUUGACACUACUGAUUGGGGUCAGAGAGGAUGCUCACAUCUCAGUGAAUGGUCUCCUAGAGGAGUAGUAUGAAUCCAAACAAUUUUGUUUCAUUCAUAAAAGCGUCUUUUGUUCCCGCAAACCCGAAGCCAUGUGCUCUGAAGCAAGUGAGUGUCAUUUGUAGGAUAAAACAAGCCAAGGAGAUUGAGGAGCAUGACUGUAAUGAAGAAUCGUAUCCUGUACAGUCUGAUUUUCUCCACUUUUUAGCAUGUACGGACAAAUAAAUACGCAGAUAUUCUGUCGAGGUGACACCACUACUGUUAAUAAAAAAAAAGAAGUGAAAAAAGUGUUUCUGUUAUGUACAUCGCAAGUGAACUACCAUUGUUAUUUCUGGUGAAGGCGCCUGUAAUAUUCUUUCAGAAGAAUUAUAACCCGUAACGUACGUAGAAAUGAUUAUUUUUUAGAUGCAAGAAAAACUGACGUAUAACUAAAACGUACGCUUUAACGAGCGACCCGAAUGCUCAAUGAAGAACGUUUGCUCCUCAA